CUGACCCGUGGCGGGUCUUGAACAUGUGCGGUACGUGAUUUCUUCAAUGGUGGCGCAGGCGUGCGCGCACGAGCACGAUCACGACCACGACCACAAGCACGACCACGGCCACGGCCACAAGCACGAGCACAAGCACACACACGAGGGCCACGACCACCACGACGAUUGCAAGGCGUGCACGCACGACCACGGCCACGGCCACAAGCACGAGCACAAGCACACACACGAGGACCACGACCACCACGACGACUGCAAGGCGUGCACCGAGGAGGGCCAUGACCACAAGCACGAGCACAAGCACGACCACAAGCACGAGCGCGGCGAGACGCGGGCGGCGUCGCGCUUCGGCAUCCGCAACUUUGUGUACUCUCGCCGCCGCCCCUUCCACCCCCAGCGCCUGAAGGAGAUGGUGCUCAAGUGGCUGCCGGUGGCGGUCAACCAGGCCAUUGACGGCGAGGCGCCCGAGGCGGGGGACAGCCCCAUCAAGACGGUGAUGCGCUCCAAGGGCUUCAUGUGGCUGAGCUCCUCGCACAGCACUGCCUACUACUGGUCGCACGCGGGGCAGCACUUUGAGAUCCGGGACGAGGGCGACUGGUGGGCGGCGGUGCCGGGAGAGGACUGGCCCGAGGACGGCGCGCAGAAGGACAUCAUCAUGAACGACUUUGACGACGACACGGUCAUGGGCGACCGGCGGCAGGAGAUUGUGUUCAUUGGCGUGGGCAUGGACGAGGCCAAGAUCAGCGCCCAGCUGGAUGGGGCCCUGCUGACCGACGAGGAGAUGGCCAAGUACGCCGAGCGCUGGGCCGCCACACCCGACCCCGCACACCCCGAGGUGGAGGCGCGGCGAGCGGCCAAGCGCGCCAAGGCCACUGAGGCGCAAUGAGCAGGCCGGCGGCGGUGGAGCAGGUGGCGAUGGAGGCGGCUGUGAUGUAGCAGUGCAGGCAAAGGCGGAGGCGGUGGUGGAGGCGGAGGCCGAGCCCACACAGGCGGCGGUGGUAAAGGCGGAGGCAGGUGGCGUGGGCGACGAACAAGGCGAGGAUAGCGAGAAGGCCGGAGAGAGGCGGCGACUCACACAUGCAUGGCAACGCGGGGGCGGCGGAGAUGGCAGAGGCGGACGCAGUGGAAAUGGCGGGGACCGAGGCGGGGGCCGGGGUGGGGGGGGCGGGAGGUGCAUCCGGAGCCAGCAGGUUGCAGGAGGGUGUCGCGUGCGGCGGGCGCGGCGGAAGAUGGAUGGGCGGGAUGUAAGGGGUGUGGGAGGGAACGGUUCUCGAUUCUGAAGUGUUUAUGGGGGUGGCGCUUCGCUGCGGUACCGGUAUGCGCGGUGACGCGCUAAAGCCGUUGUGCAGGUGCGUGGUGACUUCGCGACGGGCACGAGAGUACAAUUCCAGGAUACGAACAGGAGAGUGACUGACUGCUGCGCUGCAGGCAAUCUUAUUGGCAAGUCUGUUCUGCGCUGAUGUGCUCGGAAUCUGGCAGGAUGGCGCUGUAAAUAUUACACCCA